AUGGGACGUCCGGAACAAUUGGCAAGUGAUCUACAUUUAAUGAGCAUAUGGUAUCAUGAUAACAAAAUCUCGGUUGAUGUUCUACGUCAAAUGAAGAUGCAUCUGUAUAAGAACUUUCUUUAUUCACGUAUUUUCAACCAAAAACAAGAUUUAGCAAGCUACCUUGGUAGUAAACUCGUAAUUAAACGUAUGGUUUUCAUCUUAAGUAUCAAGAAUAAGACGGAAGCAGAUUCUAUUGAAAAGAUGGUUAAACGACGUGGUCAAUCUCGAGGCUUGUAUCGAUUACAACUUGAAUGGAAUGAGUUAUCGACGCUUCCAAAUAUUGCAUCUGUUCAGUCUUUUCUAAAGACAAGUUUCGAUACUAUUGUUAAGGGUCUUCACCAAGCUGAACAGUCAUCAGCAACUGUCGUGAUUCAGACGGAAAAUAAAACAAAUUCCACAGAUGAGGCACCACUUUUUAAUACGUUCAGUACUUGUAAAAAAGCAAUAUGA